AUGUCUAACCCAUUUGACCUGCUAGGUAACGACGUUGAAGACGCUACUGUUGUCACCCCUCCACCAAGGGAAAUUGUGAAGAACAACACUUCUUCCAAGAAGGCUGACGUCCCACCUCCAUCUGCUAACCCAGCUAGAGCCAACAAGAACAGACCAAAGCCAACCGGUAACGAGGCUGCCUUCAGAGACAGAACCGCCGGCAGAAAGAACAACAAAGUCAGAGAUGCUCCAGAUGCCACUGCCCCAAAGAAGUCUAACGCUUCCAGAAGAGCUACCGACCGUCACUCCAGAAGUGGUAAGGUCGACACUGACAAGAAGGUCAGACAAGGAUGGGGUGAUGACAACAAGGAGCUAGCCGACGAGGCCGCCGCUGAGCGUGAUGCCCAAGCUGAAAUUGCCGCUGACCAAACUGAAGAACAAGCCCCAGCUUCUAACAAGAAGUCUUUGCAAGACUACUUGAAUGAAAUCAACAACAACGAAUUCAACAAAGCCCCAGCUCCAAAGCAAGUUGAAAAAUUCGACGACGCCGAAUUGUUGGUCAAGACCGAAGAAGUCUUCGCUGAGCCAACUAAGGUCAAGAACUUGAAGUCCAAGCAAUUGAAGACCAAGCAAUUUUUGGAAUUCGACGUUUCUUUCUCCGACUCCAAGCCUAAGCCAAGAAAGUUUGACAAUGGUCCAAGACGUGGUGGUAAGCCAAAGGCUUCUAAAAACACCAACACCGCUGAAAAGAAGCCAGCCGUCAACGCCAAGAACUUCCCAUCUUUGGCUUAA